GAAAGUGGGAAGUUUUUGAAAGUUUUGUUUUGAUUUAUAUCCGACAUCAACACAGGUUUUAUCAACAACAACAGUUACAUAGAUGGCCGCUGUAAUGUGGCUUACGAGAAUGGCUACUCGAAAAACACUUCUCCGCUUUCGGGGAAAAAUACUUAAUCAAAGAACACUACCUGAUGCAUUUAGAGAGUUGAGAGUAAGUAAAUCAUCGAUGUUGUUGCGUGGCUAUAUUUUUUUCGGGAUAUAAUUACUUUCAACUGUCAUUGCAGUUGCAUUCAGUAUUUUCUGGAGAGACACCUAAACAUGAAUUUGAAGACAAGCCGAAAUUUCCUGGGGCUGCGAAUGCGUUUUAUACCGAGAAAAUGGACUUUAUUAAUCCCGAUGACGAUGUAAUUAUCCCGGUGUAUCGAGUUAUGGAUCUUAACGGAAACAACUUUGAUGAAUCACAAAAUCCCAAGGUAUCAUAAAUAAUUUUAAUAAAGUCGUCUAGAAUAUAGUAUGGCUAUUUCGUUUCAAGCUCUGUAACUGUAGCUAAUUUUCCGAUGAAAUUUAAAUUUAACUAUUCCAAACAUUUUGAAGGCUGUAGCGGCCGACGCAAUAAGCGGUUUAAAGAAAAGGUUACCGGGGGCGAAGCUGCUUAUACGCAGGUAUGACCUAAGAAAUGUGGAAACGUUUUUAAAAAAAAGGAGCCGUAAUCUCGGUCAACAUUUGUUGAAACAUUCUCGAAAAAACAACAUACACAAAGUCUUUGUACUAUCGCGAAUACACAUUUUGCUUGCAGCUCCUCCACUCAACAUUGGUUUCACGGGUUUGCUUCAAUUUUUGGAUCACUGUUUCUCUGCAUGAUUGAUUUUGUUGCGCACGAAAAGGAAAAUUUUCUCGCUGAAAAGCCUUGAUCGAUUAAAGAAAGCAGCUCUUUAUCAACACUACUGUAUGGUCUCAUACUUGAAAGGAGAAUUAAGAGAAGCUGCAUUCUAGUUCAAAGUUUAGUUGUCGAGCUCAAGCAAACUAUCUAUAAACGAGUUGGGACGCGUCCGGACAGGUAAGAAAAAGUCUGGUCUAUUUUAAACCGCGAAAGGUGAAUUGUUUCAUUCCACUUUAUAUUCCGAGAACGGACCUAAGAGGCAAGGCUUUCAUUUCUCGUUUCAAUUCACCCGGACCACGUGACCCGAAGAGCAUAAACCGCGAGUAGAAUAAUGAGGCCUAUGGAUUAGGCAGUUCGUUAUCAUCAUCCUUCGACUGCCUUCGAGAUAGGCCUCACAUGCAUCUCGCCACAUUAUCUUAAUUCUUCCAAGUUUUUAAAAAUACGAGCCGUUAUCCGUUCUAAUUGUGUCGGCACAUGAAAGGAGUGUACUUCCUCGACUUGGGCAUGUUAGUCUCAGGGAAGAAUGUCAAUAGCAAGUCUAUGGCUCGAAGUUAAAUUUAAAGACAUCCUUUUUAGGUAGAGGACAACACACUGACCGCCCCCCACCCCCCUCAUGGACUACCCAUAUGGAUGGACUACCCUAAAAUGGACUACGCAGCUGAAGUUUAGUGAUUAGGGUUAGGAAACUGAGUGCAUCAUGUUCCAUUAAGGGUCAUUAGAUUGGGAAAACUGACCUGAAACUUGAUUCACUCAGUGUCCUAACCCUAAUCACUAAGCUUCAACGGCGUGGCCGAUUUUAGGGUAGUCCAUAUGGGUAGUCGAUGGAGGUAGUCCUUGGACUGGGGGGUUAGUGUUUUGUCCACCACCUCCUUUUUCGCAUUACAGGCGAACUUUGCCGUUUACCGUUUCAGAUUUUAGACAACGGCAGGUGAUCCUGACAACGGUAUUUGUGGUUGCGCGAAAGUAGUUUGGACUGUGACAUGAGAAUAGUAAACAAGGGGCGGUUGUCAUGAUCAGAUUUACACGAUUAACAUUAUCUCUUUGUUGAUUACCAUUGAUAAGUAGUAUUCAUUUUUGUGUUUCCCUAGCUGAAAAUGGAAACAGUACAAGAUAUGUACAGAAAGAUGAUCCUUUUCAAUACAAUGGAGCGUAUCCUAUUUCAGGCACAGCGACAAGUAUGUUUAAUCCAUCUAUUUCAAGAGAAAACGUGUUAUAUACUAGAGGUAAUCAUUGAUUACGGAUCCCCGUUCGUCACCUACGGAAAAAUUACGGAAACGAAAAUCGAGUCGAAAGGAGUCCAGUUUCCCGGCUGAGGUGCUCCUGAUAAAAUUAAUAGGGGCGGCUAAUUUGCAGUCGCCCGUGAUAGCUCGAACAUUUCUGCCUUAAUGCCACAGGAUGCGCCCUGACGAACGCAAUAAUCUCUACGCGAUUGGAUUCCUUUCAAAAUAACAUUAGCAGAAACUAGAACAUAAAAUUGUACAGCCUUCCGGUUAGCUCAAUUGGUGGAGUGCCGGUCUGCUCAGCAAGAGGCCGCCCGUGAGCUUAAACCCUAGCCUGAGAAAACAGCCGACAUUUUGCCACGUCACCAUUGAUUUCCCCGCGAAAUGACGUCUGAAAAACGAGCGCAGAAAUUCCAUACUGAUGACGCGUCACUACCCAGAUCUGGGUAGUGAUUCUUAUCGGUUGAAGCAAAUUUCCCACGCGUUACGGGCCAAUCAGAAGCACUACUCAGAUCUGGGUAGUGACGGGUCAUCAGUAUGGCGGAAUUUCUGCGUUUGUUUCUCAGACGUCGUUUCGGCGGGGAAAGCAGUGGUGGCGUCGUGAAAUGUCGGCUGUUCUCUCAGGCUACUCAAACCCCUGCUGGACCGUCAAUCAAGAUCUUUAAUAUAGAGAGAUUUAGCCAAGGCUAAAAGCGAAGCUCUUGAGGGAUCUUUUUAGAAAUGUCUUUCUCAAGUAAUUUAAUUUUUGCCGUCAUCAGAAAGCAAACUGAGUUCCACAUUUAAAAAAGUGGACCGGACCUGGCGAUAAAUUGAAAACGAAUAACUGGUCAGCGGAUAAGUUUAAAAAAAAAAGGUCGCCUUAAUGAGUUGUAUCUCUGAACCCGCUAUCAGCCAUGUGACACUGGUCAGCAGAUACCUUUUUUGACAGCUGUCAAUUGACCAUAACAUAGAUGUCUAAUACCACGUUAAACAGAGAUAGCAUAUGCCUUGGACUGCUAGCAACAGCGCGCGAGAGCUCCGCUAAGACUAGUGAGAUCAUGAUUAAAGCUUUUUCUUAGUUCAGAUGAUGGUGUCAUUGGGCGGUGAAGUUAAACCGUUGGCCUUAUCUCCUUCAUCCUCCAUCCUCAAAAAGAGUAGGGGACUUAGGCCUCGGUAUCAUGGUCUAUCUGACUUGUAUCGUCAUCGGUCUGUGUAGGCAAGGUGAGAUUAACAUGGACUUAAGCGGCUGAAAAUGCGUCUAUACACGCUGACGUCCAAUCUCACUGCUCUGUUUCCCACGCUAUUCAGCCACCGGCUGGAAAGAAAGGAAACUGACUGACACAAUUUCCAUUUUCAUUUCACAGGGGCGGAUAUCAUUUUACUUGACUAACGAUGGUGAAGAAGCUACUCACUUUGGUAGUGCUGCUGCCCUGUUGCCUGAAGAUGUAAUAUUCGCCCAGUACCGUGAGGCUGGUGUGCUGAUGUCAAGAGGCUUCACCAUAGACGAUUUCAUGAGUCAGUGCUUUGCUAAUCAGAAUGACAAUGGGAAAGGACGACAAAUGCCUGUUCAUUAUGGUUCUAAAGAUCUUAACUUUGUCACUAUCUCAUCCCCCCUUGCUACGCAGAUGCCACAAGGUUAGUUUGUGGUUAGUAAAAGUUAUGUUAAGGCUAUCCAUGAAUUUCAAACAUCCGUUUGUAAACUAACAACAGUAUGGUGCUAGUUAGUUAGUGAAUGAGAUUAGGCUUUGAAAGGCAGCCCCUAAAAUGAGAUCCACUUUUACUUAUUAAGUAAUGACAUGUUUUGUGUCAUAAGGCAUGACAAAACUUAUAAUAUGAGGGAAAUAGCAGUGCCGGAUCCAGACCUUGAGAUAAGGGGGUGGGGGGACGGUCAUCUAGACCCUUAGAUAAGGGGGGCGGUAAUCCCGGUCUCCAAAAACUUUUUUUCGGCCCUUCGGGCCUCAGUUUGGUCUAAUAAUAAGGAGGGGGCGUGCUCCCCAUGGAUCCGCCACUGAACAGUACAGUUUAUCUUUGCCAUCUCCCUGAUCGCCCCGUGUAAGGCAGUCCAAGAAAAACUUGGAUUGACUGGAUUUUGGAUUCCACACGCUGUGGAUUUCGGAUUCAUUGUCAAUGGAACUUGGGUUCCGGACUCCAAUUGUUAGCAGAAUUCCAUGUUCUUAAGCUGAAUUGCGGAUUCCAAAGUCCAGGAUUUCGGAUUUCACAUGCAAACAUUUCUCGGAUUCCGGAAUCCGGAUUACUUUAAAAGGGAAGACUCUGGCAAUAUUUUUCUGUUUCAGCAUGUGGGUAUGCCUAUGCAAUGAAAAGAUCAGGCACUGGAAAUUGUGUCAUCUGUUACUUUGGUGAGGGAGCCGCAAGCGAAGGAGAUGCCCAUGCAGCAUUCAAUUUUGCUGCAACUCUGGAAGCACCUCUCGUUUUCUUCUGGUGAGGUUCAACAUAACGAUAGUCAAAAAGCUUACACAUAAUUGACUUUGUAGUUGAAAUUAUAUUCUUAAUAUGGAAUAUGCAGUUUUGUAGUGAGAGGCGGGUGUCACCGAUUGGAUCCUCAGUCGGUUGAGGACGAGUGGUUUAAAGGGUCCGGGUUCGAUUAUCGGCCGAACAGACACUCAGGGUCUUAACUGAAAUAAUUGAUGAAAAAUGUGCAGCCCGACUCUUCGAAAUGCAGAUAGGUUGACAUAUAAAAGGACUAAAACUGUAGGCUCCCUAUUAAAUCACCCUCAGUGAUUUGGCCCAGUUGUGGGACGUAAAAUAACCCACCAUGCUGUUCGAAAAGAGAACAGGACGCAUACUCCGGUAGGGACCCGCUUUUUAUGGCAACAUGCCCAGAAAAAGAAAAAGAAAACUAAAAUACUUGACUGAAUAACGUUCAGUGAUUGCUAAAGGAUUUGUAGUACCGAUUUCAAAGACCCUGCGGCUUUCCGGCCGGUUUAGCAAUAAUGAUUCAAAAGAUUAAAAUGGAGAGUGACUUGCUUUGAUUUAUCUUAGUUUUCGUUUCCGUCAACAUCCCAAAGAUUUUCGCGCAAACGGUAGCCUAGUUUUCUGUCUGUUUUCAGAAUUUAGAUCUUUUUAAACGGUAACAUUCUAUUAGCCUUCUAAUAUGGCUGUCUCUCGUGGCAAUCCGUCGCUGGGAAACGUCGCUGGGGUGAAGGGGAGCGAUGAGAGCAGAAAAUUGAUCUGCAACCUUCCGAUUUCAGCCAAGCGAAGUUUCCAACUUCCUUGACAAAGUAACCUCCCAUAUUGGUUAGGACGUUAGAGUCAAAUUAAAAAUGGGCUAAUAGCACCUAACAUUUAUCUUGUCAAGCUGAAAAGACUGAAAGUGGCAAUUAUCAGUCUCAUCUCAGAGUUGAAUAUGUUAAAAUACUUCGGUCUUUUGUGAUAAGAUGUUGCUGAGAAUAUACACCCCAAGUGGGAUUUUCUUUAUUGAGCAGCUUUUUUCUCUGUAUCAAUAGUCGUAACAAUGGCUAUGCAAUAUCUACUCCUACGGAUGAGCAAUACAGAGGAGACGGAAUAGGUUAGUAAACCUUACGCUACAAGUACAAAAGUAAAAGGUCAUUGUAGGAUUUUUGAACGAUCGUGUUGUGCAAAUUUGUGGGUGGAAAUCUGAAGCCAGAAUUUUAGGUGUCUGUCCUCUUGGACUGUGGAAUCUAAUGACAAUUAUUCGUUUAAUACAGGAAUGUAACAAUAGACAUGACCACUGCAUCCACUCUUUAAGUCCGCUUAGUACAGAUUUCCCCUUUAUAAAGGUUUCAUUUACAGUUAAUAAGGGAAGUAAAACUGGAGACUUCCGCUACUAUCCGCUCAAAAGAGGAUGUUCACUUAAUACAGGUUUCACUGUGUUGACAUUGAGAUAGUAAAAAUUUCAAGAAAAUUUCCAAAUUUCAUCUUGUAUAAUGAUGAGAACAAUGCUGUGAAAAAGGUUUCAUUUGAAUGGUCACACCAUAGGAUUUCAUCUCCACAGACUCAAACGUCAGAACCAACCUUACAAGACUGCAUCAUUCAUGUUAGGAGUGAAGGGCCAGAGUAAUUUAAAAGAUUGCGCCAAUCAUCACAUUCCAGUGUUUCAUGAGCUAUGAAGUGUAUUAGUAUGCAGGAUAAGCAUAUUGUAUUCUUUAUUUUAAGCUGGGCGUGGCCGGAGCUAUGGGAUGAUGACAAUUCGUGUGGAUGGCAAUGAUGUCUUUGCAAUUUAUAACGUCACCAAAGCAGCACGUGACAUUGCAAUAAAACAACAAAGGCCCGUUUUGAUUGAAGCCAUGACUUACAGGUAAGACAGGAACCGAUUAGUAUCGGCUCUCGGUAAGAUAAAGAAGUCGUUAAUUUACUCGUACAAGUGCUAAUUAACAUCUCCUCUAGAUGGCUUUCCUAUGCAGUGUUGGAAAUUGUCAGAGGCAGGAAAUAAGUUUUUUGUGCUGAGUCUUAAGAACAGCUGUUUUUAGGCUACGUUCACACUAUACCGGAUAGCGUUUCGUUGCGUCACAAAAAGCUAUCGGGUAUAGUGUGAACAUAAAUGGUCCAGGGCGGCACAAGUCAUUAACACACAUUAUUAUUCAUUCAAAAUAUUUUCCCUAUUCUGAUUGGCUAAAAGCACAAGCAUAAUUCACCAUAACCAGUUACUGAUGACCAAAUUUGGAAGAAUUUUGUGUUUAGCGAGGAAAUGACGUCAAAAAAUGCAGCGUUUACGCAGGUUAAGGCACCGUUAACCAAGAAGACCUCGGGACGAGGUUAUUUGUUUUGAUUGUGAACUUGAAAAAUGGCGCACAUUUCAUUCGUUUCAAGAGUCAGUGAAGAGUCGGCUUAUAACAACAGGAGUAAUCGGUUCGCGCUAUAUUACCUACAUUGAAUAUAACAUCGGAGGCAAAAGCUCGCCUUAACUACUUAUGUUGAAUAUGAAAUCUGGAGUAAAUGAUUCGCACUAUACUACUGUGUCGACUUAGAGAAAGACGGUAGUUACCGCCGGCUUGCGCUAUACUCCUCAUGACGGACUUUAAAAACAGGAGUAAACGGUUCGCGAUAUACUACUUAUGUUAAAUCAAAAAUCGAGUGUAAACCACGUGCGUCGACUAAGAAAACAAUGCGAGUGACCGCCUGCUUACUCUAAAUCAAUGUCGGCUUACAAACACAUGGGUAAUAUCUUCCAGCUAUACUACUUUGUCGGUUUCUCAAUUAAAAUUAUCCAAAAUCCCUUCUCCAGGACUGGGGAUGACAGCACUAUGGCGAGUGAUGAUAAAGCAAUGCACCGCUCAUCAAAGGAAGUCGAUUACUGGCAAAAAGAGCUCAAUCCGAUCGUGAGGCUUAGGUAAGUAAACAAAAGGUUAUCAAAGUUCCUGGCGUCAAAACUGUAUUGUGUACUUUCUUAGAUUUCUAAACAACACAGCAUUUUGGGCUGAGGAGUUUUCGGUCAUUCUCAUGAAAGAUCAUGGGCACGCCAACCUAUUGAUUUAAGAAGCAGUCAUUUUUCAAAGUCUCAGAAAUCGUAUUUAUUAUAUUAAUAAUAAUAGUAAUAAUACUUAAAUCAUCCUCUUCCCUUGUGGGGCUUUUCAGGGGUAACGAAACAAUAAUUUUAAAUCAAACAUAACAUGGUUAAAAAUCCCAACCAGUAAAGCAGUCAGGGAGGGACUUGAACGCGGGGCCUCCGAAUUACAAGUCCAACGACCUAACUACUCGACCAUGCCGCCUCCUAAACUUAUACGGUGAGACCAGGGUAAAAAUGACCUGAAAUAAGAGAGGCUCGCUCUUGACAAAAUUUUCCUCGCCUUGCAGGCCACAAUUUCGUCUUACCAAAAGGCCCCCCGGGCUCCUCCUCGUGAUCAGCCAUUGCUAUAUUAGGGGUCACCUGUCUUAAUUUAGGGGUGGGGGUUACCAUUUCCAACUUUCCAGCAUGAUCAUUUUCAAAUAGUCUUCACCUCUGUAACUGUGAAACGUUCUCUUUGUCCAGAGGUACCACACCAGUUCACAAAAUACAUUUUGGAUAUCUUAAUGGACAGUAAUUUCGUUUGUUUGGCACAAGUAGAGGUAGAAAACUCUUUGAGUUUAAUUCGUUUUUUGACUGAUCCUUUCUCUUAUCAUCGUUGUUUCUUCUUGAGUUUACUUUAACGCUGCUCAAUCCUGUUGUAUUAAGAUAUCAGCCUGCCAUUUCCAAAGAGUAAUCCCUUGAUAUAGCACUGCCAGGAUAUAGCUAUCAGGAUUUCUCGGGUCCAUAACAGAUGACAAAGCUCAAAUAUUAUUUCAUUUACUACUAGACGAUACAUGGAGAACAAAAACUGGUGGAACAAUGAAGUGGAAGAGGAGUGGAAGCGAGAUUCUCGUCAACAAGUCAUGCAAGCACUCUCCAGAGCUGAUAAAGCAUUAAAACCGCCUGUGAAACACAUGUUUACUGAUGUGUAUGACAAACCACCCCCUCGCUUGCAAAAACAACAUCAGGAAUGCAUGGACCAUAUCGCAAAAUACCCACAUGAAUAUCCCACUGAGCUAUAUCUGCAAGAUCACUAGAUUACCAUAGGCCAUUUAGGAGACCGGGAAGCGAAUUUGAGAGAUUGCAAGGGGGAUAACCCGAACGCGUAACAGUUCGUACAUUAGCAUAUAGUCCAGGGGUAAACUCCCACAGUAAAAUUUGAAAUUCAAGUGCUCUAGAAUGGAAAUGCACCUGAAACUAAGUAUCCUUUAAUAAUAUGGAUACCCAAAAUUUUUAGUUAAUAUAAAUUUUUGCUGCUUUAGUACCUUCGAUUGGAAAUUAAAAGGUAAGGGACUGGUCAAAAAGUAUAGGGGG